UUGAAAUCUUCGAGUUUCCGGUAAUGCUUCAGCCUGCUUCCUGCCUUUGCACCCUUAUCGCAUACCGUUUUCGGAAGCCGUUUUCUGCAGGCGUCAAACUUCGUCCGCUAAAAUGGAGAAAAAUUUUGCGAAUCCCAAUAUUCGCAGUGAUUUGGGAAUUAUUGUUGGCUCUGCAGUGGCUUUUGCUGUCGUUAAUCAGCUGUUUAGACUGUACAAACCAUGGAGUGGAGCGACUCCGAGUAAGACGCAAUGGAAACUGCGGAACAUCGCCACUUCGAUGCUGCAUUCGUGCAUAACAGGAAUCUGGUCGUUUACAAGCUUUUUUCUUAUUGACGAUUUGCGUGAAGACAUGGUAGAAGGCGGCUCCAACUUUUCGUAUUAUCUCGUGGCACUAUCAAUCGGUUACUUUAUUUACGACCUUUUUGACAUGGGAAUUAAUCGGUUAAAUUUGAAGUCUGUGGAAUUAAUGGGACAUCAUGCGGUGGUGGUACUUUGCUUCGGUGUUGCAGUAUUUCUGCGAAAGUUCAUUGGUUUUCCCGUGUUUUCGCUGUUUGUGGAGGUUAACAGUUUGUUCCUCCACUGGCGCCAAAUAUUACGGAUCUUGGGAAUUCCAAAAAAUCGACCAUUUUACCACGUCAUUUCGCUACUGAACGUUUCUACCUUCAUAUUAUUCCGAUUAGGAACGUUCGUAUGUCUUUCUUAUCUCCAUUUUUCCUAUUCGAACCGAAUCCCUCGAAUUGUCAACGUGACUGCGACAAUCUGUUUUGUGAUAGCAGUUAUUAUGAAUGUGGUUUUGUUAUACCGACUAGUGCGUAGUGAUUUCCUUACUGUAAAGAAAAAAUCGAACGACUGAAUUUUCAAUUUUGCCAUACGGAAUUCAUGGUCAGCAAUUUAGCAGUAUUUUUUUGUUCCGUGGUUUUUAUUCUUUUAUUUUUCCUUAGAAUGCCAAAGCGUUGUGAUGAAGAAUAAUUUCGGAAUUGUUCGUGCGCUGCUGUAAUUUCAAUGUGAACCAAUAAUUCGUAUUAUGAAUGUAAAACCAGUGUAGCUGAGUUCUUUU